AUGCCUCCGGAUCGCUCUUCCUUCACGGCACUGAACUUGCCACCCAGUUUCUCGUUGCCGAUGUGUAUGGAUUAUUUCACUCUUUCUGCCGGUCCCAACACAAAUCUCUGGCGGAAACCACCGAAUGGAGACACUUCGACAGCGCCCAUGAUUUUCACUUCGUUACGGCGGCCAUUUGUGGUUGCGGAGGUGACGAUCAGUGCCGAUUGGGAAAUGGAAUGGGAUCAAGGAGGACUGGUCAUUUUUGCUGGAAGCGCUCCCGGUCAGGCUUCAAUCGCAGAAACAAUACCGUAUGGCCGUGGGAUUCGCAAUGCAACGUUCUCUCGCUCUUGCAAAUGGGUGAAAGCUGGAAUGGAGUUCUCUUCCGGUACGGUUAAUGCUUCGUCCGUCAGCGCAACAUCGGAUGGGGCAGACUGGUGUUUGUCGCCUCUGGCAAUGCCUAAUAUACCGACCAACAUCACGUCGCUCCGCAUCAAACUCGAAAGAGUCGGUCACUCUCUUUGGAUUUGGUAUCAGAUUCCGUCGCUUUCCCCGUAUGCGACAACACCAGGCGCGGUUGGCAGCACAUGGAAGAAACUCCGAGAAGUCACAUGGUUUUUCUACGGCGUUGAAGACAAGUGCGUACAUGUCGGAGUUUACGCAAGCCGCCCUACCAGUAUACCGAGAGGAGGAACAGUGUGGGAAGCGAUGAAUGGCAUGCGGAACGAUGACUCGGGUGGCGGCGAUAAAUUGGUGGUGGAGUUUGAAGACCUGGAAAUAUUUUGA